AUUAAUAUUAUGCUUCCAUCAACUAACAUACUCAUUCCACAAACUGGUUAUGGCUCUUCUAUAACCUUGUUAUUUUACCAAACCAUCAUUGUGUGAAUUUAGCCAUAUACACGUACAAACACACAUACAAUGGGAACUGCUCAUAGUAGUCACACUAACCUUGGAACCGCAUGUACAUCUUAUGAUGCUGGAUCCACAGGUACCAUAGCACGUUGGGGUGACUCUUUCGAAGUUUGCAUGGGCUUCAGCAAAGAAAACGACCACACAGAAGUUUGGGGCGUGAAAUACAAAACAAGUCAUCACAGACACCAUUGUGGUUUUCAUCUCAAGGCAAGCCGCGACAACAACGGUGUUGAGAAAUUGUAUUUCGGAUUAGGCGAUUUUUCUGAAAACAAAAUGGAACUCGCUUUGAGAAUCACAAGGGUUGGUCUUGAUGGUCUUCGUGGAGGGAUAAGUGGCAUCGAUUCUAGAACCCCCCCAAUGUUCUUCACUAGGGCAAAACAAGACUACACAUUAGAGACAACUAUUGUUCCGUACGGUUGUUCCUUCAGAGACGGUCUUUUCGUUCUCGAAAUGAAGAAAAAAUUUAACUCCGACCAUGCCUACAUGGUGACUAUGGCACACUAUUAUGUGACCAAAGAUGUUGGUCUUUCUGUGGAGGCCAAAAUUCGACUCAGGAAACACUGUUUCGAUGUUGAAGUGGAGGGUCCUAUCAACCACCCUAGUGAUGAAUUGCGUAAGGUAAUUGUCAAAACGCGUCGUACUGGUAUAUGGUCGCGUAGUGCGUGUUCUCAUUGUAAUGUUGGAGCUAAGACUAGCUCUGGUGGUGCCAAAAGUGGAGAAUCCAAUAAUUCGUCGUUGAAGGCUCAAGCGAGUCUUCAGAAUGGGCACGAAAAGGUAGGUGAAAUCGUUAACCGUGUUUUCUUGAGCGGUGUCACGGAGCAACACAACACAGGACUUAUCAAUUCAAGUGGAUACACCACGGGUUCUCUGAAUAAUUCUAUUAUAUUUGUGCGUUGUAAUUUUUAAAUUCUUGAUUUGGAAAUUGUGUAAUAUUGUCGAAUGGUUCAAUUGUUCAAAAUGAUUGACUAUUAGGUGAAACAAAAUCUUGGAACAGGGGUGAUGUUUGUAAAGGGAGGGAAUAACAAUUAUACACUGCAUAAAUUGUAUCUUUACUUUU